AUGAUUGUCAAGAGAUUUCCGCCUUGGAUAAAUCUCUCGGAGCCUUCAUUAAAACAAAAAAUAUUGUACUAUAGAAAUAACUGCGGCGACCUGAUGAAUCAUCGGCAAUUGCAAAAAACUCCAAGCAACCAAACACCUCGAUAUCCCAGUCCUUACCCAAUAAGCACAAGUGUGAACGAGCAACAGUUAAAUGUUUCUAUUGUUCCAACGCCUUUGCAAAUGUAUCAGAAGAGGCCUCUCUCCGACUUCAAUGGAAAUCAAACUCUGAUCGAUGUCCCGAAUGCAAUAUGCCUUAUACUGGAUGGUUAUGGUGUCAACCCUGUCAGACCGCCAAAUUCUCCCAAAACUUUCCCACCUGGACAAGCGGUAACCCAAACGUCGAUCAUUUCAUUCGGAAUGUUCAGGGACGGCCCCGGUUGGGAUUGGGGUGAGAAUUCUUCCGGGGUUAUUACACAACAACCAUUACCAUUAAGAACAAAGGAUGCUAAAGUUGCUCUGAAAUUGUUGCAUAAUUCUUCCGGAAUGGAUUACGAUUUCUUGAAAGAGAUAAAAACACACAUUAAUUGUGUAUCCUAUGCGGUAGUUCAAUGUUAUGGUCUCUCACAAGAUCCAAAGACCAAGGAUUACUUAAUAGUGAUGGAAUAUGCAAAUUAUGGAGAUUUACGCCAUUAUAUUCACAAACAUUAUCUGUCGUGGAAACAAAUUUUAGAUUUCUUGACAAAAAUAGCAGCUGGAUUAUGCACAAUUCACCAAACAGGAUUUGUACACAAAGACUUUCAUUCUGGAAACAUACUGAUGUUUAGUAAAGAUCAUCCCACCGUGUUUCCGAAAAUCGCAGACCUAGGUUUAAGUGGACCAACGCAGUACAAAGAAAAUACAUCCGGGAAAAAUGAAAAAUUGUCGUUUGCACAAAAGUUACCUUCUCCGUCGUCCAUCAAAUCUUCGCACGAUGUACAUUUGGUGCUUGAUAUUUGUUUAGGUAAACGGCCAGAUAUACAACCGGGUACUCCGGAUUGUUAUGCAAAAUUGAUGAAGAGAUGCUGGAGUGAUAAACCAGAGGAAAGACCUAGCAUGAUGGAAGUGUAUAAUGAGGUGUUGAUGUGGGAUAACAUAAUGAACAAAAGAAACAUGAAUAGCAAUGAUACGAACGAUGAAUAUGUUAAAUUUUACAAAGAUUUUUUGGAGAGCGAGAGUGUUAGGAAACAAUUAUUUGAGAGCGAUUCGAUGGUGAAGAGGGUUGAUGAAUCAGUUCCCAGUGAGCAUAAGAUGAUUUCUUCUACUACCUGUAGUCAAGCGAAUCCAAUUGUAACAGGGAAUAAUGAGCGGUAUACGAGUAGAGAUUUAGGCCAGUAUACAAAUUAUAUUACUCGGGCGUAUGAUGACUUGUCAUUAGAAUGUGAAUAG